CCAUCACUCAUUUUUUCUCCAUCAAUCAACCUCACUUUCUUAUUUAUCAAACCAAACAACACUAGCUACGUCUUAAUUUGUUAUUGUCAUAUCAUAAUCAUGAAUAGUGCAACAAGUAAAGCUUGGAUGGUGGCUACUAGUAUUGGAGCUGUGGAAGCUUUGAAGGAUCAAGGUAUUUGUAGAUGGAACUAUGCUUUAAGACAAGUUCACCACAACCUUAAAAACCAUGUUAGAUCAUUGUCUCAAGCAAAGAUUCUCCCUUCUUACUCUUCACAAGUUGUUUCAAGAAAAUCAAAAGAUGAAAAGAUGGCCAAGCAAGCAGAGGAAUCCUUGAGGACUGUCAUGUACUUGAGUUGUUGGGGUCCCAAUUGAUUAAAUUCAAAAUGAAUUUUUUUUUACAUUAUAUUUAAUGAUAAUAGAUUAAUUAUUUGUACAAAAACUGUAAUGCCAAAUGGCAAUAAUUCAAUGAAGAAAGUUUCUUCUUCAAA